AUGGGACUUGGCUUUAGUUGUCUCGGCGCCGGGGUAGCUUCGUGGGUUGUCUCGGCAGUUGCUUCUUGCUUUUCUGCUGCAGCGUGUAACCUAGCUUGUAAAUCAUGUAAUUGUAAUAAUUCAAUAGCAACCAGGAUAGGGUUUGCAAUUAUAUUACUAUUGAAUUCUAUGCUUGCAUGGAUUAUGUUAUCAGAUUGGGCCAUAAAGCAGUUAGAGAAGAUAACGUAUGAUUAUUUACAAUUGAAUUGUCAGGAGGGAACCUGUUAUGGAGUCUUUGCCGUCCACCGUAUUUGCUUUGCAUUAUCAUUUCUUCAUCUUAUUUUGGGACUUUUGGUAAUUGGAGUAAAAGAUACACGUGAUAGUAGAGCUGCGAUCCAGAAUGGAUGGUGGGGACCCAAAGUAUUGUUGUGGAUUAUUCUUAUAAUAGCAUCAUUUUUCAUUCCAAAUCAAUUCUUCAUAUUCUGGAGCAAUUAUAUUGCCUUGAUCGGGGCAACUUUAUUUAUUCUAGUUGGUUUAGUCCUUUUAGUUGAUUUUGCUCACACAUGGAGUGAAACUUGUAUAAUGAGAUGGGAGGAGACUGAUAGUGACAAAUGGAAAUAUAUUCUUAUCUGGUCUACAAUUACCAUGUUCUUGGCUUCAAUUGUGCUUACAGGAAUCAUGUAUGGCUUUUUUGGUGGAUCUGGAUGUGGUCUGAACCAGUUUUUUAUCACUUUCAACCUUAUAUUGUGUAUAAUUGUGACAUUCUUGAGUAUUGCUCCUGCUGUACAAGAAGCUAAUUCUCACUCGGGAUUAUCACAAGCUUCCAUGGUGGUUAUUUAUUGUACGUAUAUUAUUUUAAGCGCAGUUGCUAAUGAACCUGACGAUAAUAUGUGCAAUCCAUGGAUAAGAAGCCGGCUGCAACUCAAAGUAAGACAUCGAUUACAUAAUUUAAUUGAAAAAUAUCAUUUAUUAAUGACUAACUUGCCUAACGGUUUCCAAUCACAAACAAAUUAUGACGCUGUCGAGAGCGGCAUAAUGCCAGCUUCAGCUGUGGAUGAUGACGAUGAAAAUGGUCUUGAUGAUGAAAAGAAUGGAGUUGCUUAUAGUUACAGUUUCUUUCACCUCAUAUUUGCAAUUGCUUCCAUGUAUGUCGGGAUGCUUUUAACGAAUUGGAAUCACGUAACGACUACUGGAUCCGAUGAACUCGUUAUCAUUGGGCAAUCUUAUGUCGCUGUAUGGGUAAAAAUUGUUUCCGGUUGGAUUUGUUUAUUAUUAUAUACGUGGACACUUAUCGGACCGGUUCUUAUGCCAGAAAGAUUUGAGAUGGGAAUCGAAAAACAACCAAACCUGUCAAAUUAUACGAAGAAGCAGAUGCGUAAUUUACGCUUAUUUCUAUUAUUGUUCUUGGUCAUCGUAAUAACGUUUUUCACGUUAUCGAAUUUCACAAACGAUUAUGGGGAACUUUCUGGUAAUAAUAAUGUACAGGAUAUGAAAUGCCCACAUUAUAAAAUCAUGUUACUUAUCUAUUCGGAGGUGGAAGAUAUCGAUAAACGUGCGUUAAUGAGAGAAGGAUUGUUCGGUAUUACCGAUAAUCUGGUCCCUUGCAUGAAACAAGAUGAUGCAAUAUUUUACCGAUUCCUGAUAAAAAAGAAGAAAUAUGAAUACAUUAAUGAAAUUGUCCUGAGAAAAUAUAAAUCAGAACAAAUUGAAUAUAAUGAUAUUGGAGAAAUUGAAGUUUUGAAUGGUGAUUGGCAACUAUCUGCACUUAAAUACGCACAAUUGUUAAAAAAAACGUGCAUGUCAUUCGAUCAUUUAGUAUUGACCGAAGUUUACACUAUGAUAAAUCUUGAGAGACUUCAAAAGAAAAUCUCCUCAUCAAAAAUAGCCGACCAAACGAUCUCAAAUACACAAAAGAUUGUAUGGGGUUCGUUCAAUUCCAACAUAACGGAUAGAAUGGCUGUAAUAAUAGGAUCUUCAGCUGUUCAAACAAUCUUGGAUAAUUCGGAAGAAUAUGUAUCGACGAAUGAUACCAGCGUUAUCACCAGAUUUUAUCAUUAUCACUACGAUCAACUAACGGAAAAAAUUCCCAAUGAUUUGAUUUUGGCUAAUGAUCAAAUGGGUAUAAUAGAAUGGCCAAAUUCGAUCAAUAGCAUACCUUGCAUAGAUUGUGUAAUAGCCAUAGGCAACAUCUAUCAAGAUUGGGAAUUUCGGAAGAUUAAAAAAGAGCUGAACAUUUUAACAAUAAAUCCUUGCAAGGUACGAUCUGACCUUAAAAGGUAUUCAAGGGGGACUACGAGUAAUUUAAGGCCCAAAAUCGUCGUGGCGACAAGUAGCUUUUUAUAUCAUGAUAAUUGUAUGUCGGAGGCCGCCUCUCUUUCCGCGCAGAAUAAACGGGAAUAUGCCGAAAAGCAUGGGUAUGCGUUAGUGCCUCGUUCUAGCGAAUACGCUCAACAAAACUAUCGAAAGAGGGACGAAGUUUGGGGUAAGAUCGACGCCGUUGAGAAAAUUUUACCUUAUUAUGAAUGGUUAAUUUGGUUAGACAUGGACGCUAUUUUUACCAAUAGGACUUUAUCGGUUGAACAUUUGUUGGAGAUGUGUACGGAAAGGGUUGGUGGAAAAGAAGCAUUUGAAAACAUCAAUUUCAUUGUGGCUAGACCCAUUGGGGAUGACAUGAUUAAUGCCGGUGUUUUCUUGAUUAGAAAUACCGAAUGGGCGGUGGAUUUCAUCAGGGAUGGUAUACAAGCUAGGAGGGAUCGUGCAUAUCGAGGUAUGAAAGAGCAACAGGCCAUGCGUGACGCAAUUAAACACCCAAGAUGGGAACCAAAUGUGUUGUUUUUAGAUGGGGAUGAUCAUACGAUAAAUACGUUUCCUGAUAGAUACAUUCUGGGUGAUUACAUUGUACAUUAUGCCCCUGAAAAGGGGUGCCCUGCCAAUCCUUUAAUCGCUGGCAUAACAAAAGUUAGAGUGAUGGAGCAGAACCCUGAGAAUGAAAUACAAAUACCUUUUUAA